AUGACUGGCACUGGAACGCCCUGUCAACCACGACUAACGCGUCCUGAUACGUUGGAAGCCCAACGGGAGUGGGAUCGCCUGUGUAUGGACCAUCUGCGCAAAAAGGAGGGCGUCGGUAUCCCGCCACAGAUGUCCGGUCCUCCUGUUCUGGUUGUACCACCAAAUAAUGCUUGUGGUUAUCCUCCCAGUCGUUACAUGGACUGUGGCGCCGGACCCUACCCUCCAGGAGGUGGUGCUUACCAGCCUGGUCCUGGAGCACCCCUACCGCCGGCUGCGGGUCAUAAGCGUUCCUACUCUUCUUCACUUAAAUCUGGACCGGUCCCCGGCCUCCCGGAUCAUCCUGCAGGCGGUGGU